AUACUGGGAUUUAUUAGUAGGUGUGUGACAAAUAGGAGUUCUGAGGUCAUUCUGAGGUUGUAUUUAGCGUUAGUCAGACCCCACUUAGACUAUGCAGCUCAAUUUUGGUCCCCUUAUUAUAGGAAGGAUAUAGGCUCCUUGGAGGCAGUUCAGAGAAGAAUGACCAAGAUGAUUCAGGGGCUGAGAAAUUUACCCUACAAAGAUAGGUUAAAACGUCUUAAUCUCCACUCCCUAGAGAGAAAGAGGGCAAGACGGGAUAUGAUUGAGGUUUUCAAAUGGGUAAAAGGAAUUAAUAAGGGAAACAUUGAUCAGGUUUUAGAAUUUAGUAGCCAGGAUAGGACACGUGGAAAUGGGUACAAGCUAGAAAAACUUAGAUUCAGGACAGACAUAGGUAGAUAUUGGUUCACAAACAGAGUGGUGAAUGAUUGGAAUAGGCUGGAUAGACACGUAGUAAGUGCUGAGUCAAUAGGUAGCUUUAAAAGACGGUUGGAUCAGAGUAUGGAUAGGGAUGACAGGUGGGAUGGCUAA